GCACGCCCGGCCUGCAGCGGGACCGCGUGCCAGCGCCGCGCGGGGCCGUGCCCCCGUCGCCGCCGCUGGGCGAGGCCGACGGCGGGGGCGUGGUGCCGCCCGUGUCUCAGCCGGACGUGCAGGCGGAGAAGGUGUUUCUUAUCAUGUCCGCCUUCCGCGACGGGGAGCGGUGCGACGAUGGGGCUGGCGCUCACGCGAGCGGCUUAUCCAGGCCGCAUUCAUUUCCGCGUCAUGCAGGCCAUCGGCCGCACGAACCUGCCGUACGUCUCCUGCAUCGUGGCCUUCGCGCGCAAGGAGCUCGCGGAGUUCUGCGCGGCGCGCGGCGACGCCGCCGCGUGCAGGGCCGCCGUCCUGGAGCGCGUGGCCGUCUGGACCAUCCCCCUGGAGAUGGGCAAGGGCCCGGCGCACCAGCGGGGGCUGCUGAACGAGGUGCGAGACCACAACGAUCCCGGAGCGUUCUGCCUCAACACGGACUCCCACAUGGACUUCCACGAGAGGUGGGACGAGCUCAUGAUCCAGGAGUGGGUCGGAAUAGGCAACGAGUUCGCGGUCUGCACCGCCUACCCCAUGAGGAUGAUGAGCAACCAGGACAAGCUCUUCGCCAAGAGCCACGUGGACUUGUGCGGUUGGAACCUGGAGAACGGCAUACCGCGCGGCCAGGGUGGCGACAAUUUGCGGUCGGAGCCAGGGCAGAAACCCUAUCUGACCAUGAACUGGGCGGCUGGUUUCUCGUUCGGCCGGUGCCACAUGGACCGCAACGUGCCAGUGGACAAGCACCUGGAGUGGAUCUUCACUGGCGAGGAGGUCGACCGUGCCGUGCGCCUCUGGACCUCCGGGUACGAUCUGUACCUCCCCGCGUUCACCUACAUCUACCACGACUACGACCACGCCAAGCAGGAGUUCUGGUCAGUCAAGCACGACCAGAGCCUCCCAGGCAGAUCGAAGGCUAGGAUCAAGGCCAAGCUGAACAUCACUUCCCCCGCAGGCGCCAGGGCGAGGCGAGAUGCAGCCUCGGAUGAGGCGCCCGACUUCGGCCUCUUCGGGCUCGGCAGCCAGCGCACGCUGGAGCAGUACGUGGAGUGGGCGCGAGUCGACCUGGGCACCCCGCAGUGGAGGGACUUCCUGGCCAGGCGGGGCCUCCAGCCCGUGGUGAACAACAUGCCGCACUGGUACUGCCAGACCCUCGCGCGCGUGCCGGUAAGGAGCUCGAGGGCCUUGCGCGAGGCGGUGCAGCAGGGCGGCCUGCCCGCGGCCGAGUGGCGCUUCAGGCCAGCGUUCGACAGCUCGGACCCAGACGCGCUGCCAGUGAUGGCACUCGACGAGCAGAGCGGCUUAUAG